AUGUCCGCGCGCGACGAGCGCCCCAUCGCGCGCGCGCUCCUCCACCACGUCCUCACGCACCCCUCCGCCUCGCUCGGCCGCGAGCUCGGCGCGACGCGGCUGCGCUUGGGGCUCGACCUCCUCGCGGUCGUCUUCGGGAGCCUUCGCGACGCGCUCAUGGUGGACUACGCGCCGAAGAUGACGCCGCCCGCCGCGGUCGAGCUCCUCGCGUCGCUCCGCCGCGUCCCCGGGUGCGAGCGCAGAGCGCGAAUGCUCGACGUGCAUCUCGUCGACGGCGUGAUCCUCCUCGCGAAUUCACGCGCGGUCCUCGAGCGCCUGCGCGCGAUGGACGAUCCCGAGGCGAGCGAGCCGCUCUUCUUCGACGCGAGCGACGGCGCGAGCGGUCGGAAGCUCGACCGGGCCGCGAUGCGCGGAGAGAUCGCGCACGCGGCGACCGCGUUCAAGACGCCUAAGGACGACGAGGACGUGCGCGUGUACGACUGGACGGAGGCGAUCUUGAAAGCGUCGGGGGGCGGCGGGGGGGGUGGGGACGGGUCGGAGGGGGAGAAGAGAAUGGAUUCAAUUUCAACGUCAUCAGACGCGACGCCGCCGUCGCCGACGAUGACCGGGCUGCUGCUCGGGUACCCGGUCGUGUACGCGUGGAGUCCCGCGGAUGAUCUCGACGGCGCCGCGCGUCGGCUGUCGCUGAUGGAGUUGACCACGUUCAAGCUCUCCGCGGUCGUGGACGUGGGGACGACCAAGGAGGGCGCGGCGAGCGCGAGUAAGGAGAACGGGGAGAACAACCGUCACGUGAUCAGCCAGUACACGGUGCCGGUCGCGGAGACCGACGCGGAGCAGGGCGUCGCGGAGCACGCGAUCGCGGUUCGGAAGCAUUACAAAGAGCUGAUGAAUAAUUGCGAGAAAAGCGGCGGGGUGUGGUGGGAGUGGAAGAUAGACGUCGAGAGACGACCGCUCGGAGGCGUCGCGUUGUGA